AGUUUUAUGUUUCAUGAAAAUUCUCUUCUUGCAGGGAUAGGAUGGUUUCCAAAUCUGAAAAUGCAUCUUCGCAGAUGGAUGGCUUGUGGUCACUACCAUUCACUGAAGAAGUGAAUGCUGAGAUAGCGUCGCAGGAAGUAUGUGUGAUUGGUGUGUUCGGCAAGAGUGCAUGGGGCCAUGUAUCCAAAGGGAUGGUUUUGAAUAAACUUACAGAAACUUCAGUUUUUCCAACGCAUUACCCCGAUUAUUCGGUAAAUCCCAGUGAGAUGGAUCGGGAUCCUCGCUUGGAAAAGUUUAUGCCGAAAAUCGAGGGAUACUACGAUCGAAAAAGGAAGAUUGUUUUCCUGCAUCUGUCAACCACCCUGGAUGCAGCAGCUCUUGCGUGUGCUUGCGUUGAGAUGGGGUCAAAACUCACAAACCACAGUGACUCUCAUCACUUUUGGAAGGGUCAGGAAUCUGAGAUCGUCUUUUCUCUCGUCUUCCUCUUCUCAGUGUGCCACAUUCUUAUUCUUGUGCAUCCUGUUUCUAUGUUCGAUAUCAGCUACGAUUCACUCUUUCACCACAUCAGCACUUUUAGGGGAAAACUUCUUCCUCUUGUUAAAGAUGUGCUGAAAGAAUGCACGGUAGGUAGAGAUUGGUGGGUGAACGGUCGCCCUUGUCCACCUCGACUUCUGUUUGUUGUGCAAAAAAGUCACCUCAGCAAUAAGAGAAACCCUGAAGCUGCAGGUGAUGCUACAAAGAAGAAGAAGCCUCCAUUAAAAAGACUCCAGCACACUUUGGAGGAUCAAAUUUACAAAAUCCUUCGCAACAGCCGUGUUUUAACUAACAAUGCCAUCAAUUGUUUGUUCACAGUUCCACCGAAUCAAGCCUUUGUUCACAUUAUGACAAAACAAUAUUCCCAAGUUAAAAGAAAUGAAGAUCCAAUAAACAGCAUGCUCCAACUCCUAAGGAAGUCUUGUGAGACACAUAGAGAUCCAACAGCAAAAUCUAGAGCUUAUCGUCUUCUCACUAAUCCUCCUACUCAGUGGGAGGAAGAGGAUGAAGAGGAAAAAGAGAAUCCUCUUUGGGAGUUUCUCUCACAACAUACAGAACUUGUGUUUGAUAAGAAAGGAUUCAAGGACAGUGUUGGAAGAAAUCCUUUACCGACUCACUUUGAGUUGCCGGUGCUGAAAAAUUGGAUGAAAGUUGCAAACGAACUUUUUAAACUCUUUUUUUCAACAUUAAAGAUCGAAAAGGAUGAAGAAGUGCAAGUGAAAACAUCAGAGAUUAAGCAACAACUGCAAGUUCAUCUGGACCCUGAGAUGAGAUUCAGUGAGGCACGCUGUGGUAAAGUGGUGUCCCAUGCAAGUGCAGCUUACCAAGCCAACCUUCCACUUCAUUACACAAGUAAAGUGCAUCGCAACCAACUGGCGCAAGCACUUGCCACAUAUGCAUUACAUGCGAGAGGACCAGCAAAAGAUAAAUAUGAAGUUUGCGUACAAGCUGAGUGUGAGGCGUUUUGGAAUGAUGGUCGUCGUCUUUGUGAAGUCCGGUCUCUCACUGGAAGACACUGUGUUCACCGCUUUCAUGAUCUUCCUGACGAUCUUAAACCUCAGCCGGAUGCAAAUCCUCCAAAGAUGUUCCAUUCUUCCCGUUCACGAUCUCUCGCUGCAAGUAGCUGUGGGCGCAUACAAGGAUCAAGAGAGGAUCCUUUCACAUUAAAAGAAGCAAACUGUGGUUUCUAUGCUAGACUUGACGCUCGAGCACACGUACUCCCCGACAGUGACAUUUACAAAUUCCCGAUCCAUUGUUCCGAGAAACAAGAUAAAGGUCUUGUAUCGGAUGAACUGCACAAGUUUGUUGAACAAAUGACAAUUUCAGGAAAAGAAGUCGAUGAGAGCGCUUCAAAACCUAACAAGUUUGUUGAACAAAUGACGAUUUCAGGAAAAGAAGUCGAUGAGAGCGCUUCAAAACCUAAGACUUCCACUUCUGGAUGUGAGAGUGAGUCAGGAGUACAGAGCUAUACUCAAGAAAGUGAAGCAGAAGAAGUUGAGGAAGCAACGGAAAAUACAGAUUCAGAGUCGAGGCAAAGAACUGUGUCUGCCAACUAUGAGUUUAGUUUGAACUCCGAUGCAAUGGCAGAGGUGGAGUACCAGGAUGAGUCGUCUGAACCACAGUUGUUCACUGAAGGCAUGAUUCAUUCACAACUCGCAUUAGAGGGUGUUCUUCCACUUUUCUCUUCAUGGAGUUUAGUUCGCCUUGGUUCAUCCAACUUAUACACUCCAAACCGGGGCCUUGAGUUUCCAGGUUUUCUGCCAGGAACAAAUUAUCUUGUGCCGUGGGAAAUCAGCAUUAUGACAGAAGAACCAGGAACCACACACUGGCCAGUGCCAGGAGAAGCAAGAAAACUUCCGAUCAAAGAAACUAAACUAACUUUGCGAGAAACUACCACCAAGGCUUAUGUAGGGUAUGAGUACGAGACUCCACGGGGCCAGCGGUUUAUUUGUUCUGGUCCCGAUAAGUCGGUCAAAGUUACAAGUAGUGGGGUAGUUCGUGAUCCAAUACAACCACUUCUUGAUUUAAACAUGCCGCUCUUUACUCUGAGCCCUGUAUCUGGUAGGUCUGGUAAGAUGCUGACGGGACAAUUAAUGAGAGUUAUUGUUAUUACACCUCCUGAGUCAUCAGUUCGAAUCAACAUGAAGCCGCAAGUUGUUCCAGGACCCAGCCCUGCCCCCACUUUUUACCCGAGUGACCCAGAAAUCUCUUUGCGCCCUAAUUCCAUGUGGGUCUUACGCCUCCCCUAUGUAUAUGUCAGUGAAUCUGGGCCACAUAUUCAGCCCAAGGAUUCUUCUCAACUGCAAGCAUGGAGGGUUUUAAAAAUGCUCAGUGCAGAAGUUGAUAAAUGAUCAAACUUUUAGCCUUACACUAUUAAUGUAUUUUUUUAGAUUGUAACUUUAUCACUGACUUAAUAUCAGAUUCAAUACUGAGAACGGUAUAAUUAUUCAAUUUCCUGUAACCCGUCAUGGCUAUAUAAACCUAAAUAGUUUAUUAUCACACAAAUUUGUUUUCGUAUAUGGUAUAUGUAUGUUGUUAAACAGUUUUGUUUCUAAAUGAGAAAAAAUAACGCUUUUUUACAUAAGAGUGCUUCUGCAUUGCAUUAUUUCCUGCCCCCUGUUCCUAAUUUGUGAUUUCUUCUUACAUAG